AUGGAACACGAAGGCGAUUGGGUUGGCGAUAGCGAGAACGAGGACGAAUUCGCGAUGACCACCAUGGGCCAUGAGGGUCGAAGUCUGAGUCAAAUUUCGAUGGAACUCGAGUUGCAGGCGUCUCGAGCUAAGGCGAUUGAGGAAACGUCGCACAUCUCAACAUUUUCGACAGUAGACGCCCAAGCCGGACCGUCAAAGGCGGUUUCUUCGAUCAACCCUUUCAGCUCUCCGUCGAAGCGACAGGAUGGCAAUGACGGCGUUUCCUCGUCUAUAUCUACCUUGACGACACCUUCGCUUACAAGACCAAGACCAAGACCAAGACCUAGGCCUCUGCAGGCGAAGAAGAAAACGCUGUCCGACGACGACCCCACUGUAACAGCGGAUUCCUCCGGGCGCUCCACAUUUAAUUUCUUGGAUCAGAUAGUGAACACUGGCAGCAGGGAAAUCGAAUUACCAACCUCGUCUGAAGCUCCUGCCUUUGAUUUUCCUGACAUGCUCAGCAUAGCAGACCGAGCAAAGACACGUCAACGAGGAACGACCGCGACGCAGGCGAUUGGCCACGACAGCACAAGAGAAUUAGGGGGGAAUGGCAAGGAGAGAAUUCUCGCAUCUACAAAGUCGACCCUGGCCAAACCUUCUGCUUCGAAGAGAUCCAAGGGCAAAGCGAAAGCAGCCCCAGACCCGUCCGCCGAAGUCAUUGAGUUGACCGACGAUUCAGGCGACGAGCUCAACCUUACCAAUAAGAAACAGAAGAAGAAAGCGGCCAGGAGUUCCGCUCCAAAUCACUCGCCAUCUGACCAAUUACUGCCAUCGGGCCCAUUGGAGCAGACGAAACCUCCCCGUCCUCGCCCGCGCCCUAGAGCAAAGAGAUUGACGACCACAGACGACAAAACACUUUCAGACCCACCAGGACCUCCCGUUACCGACAUUCCUUCAUCCUUCCCAAACCAACCCGCUCAGAACCCUGCGAUCCCAUCCUCCCUCCCUCCCUCCGACUUUCCGCUCACAUCCCAACCUCCCGCCGGCGAACAUCUGGACGUUCCUCGGAUUGAGACGCUCGCUGCGACUGCCAAUGGGAGUAGUUCCUCCCAGAAAGACCAGUCAGACUUCGAUGAGCUUCUUGGCGAUGACAUUGACUUACCUCCCAUCGACCCCAAGAACGGCCCGCCACCCACUUUCUUCGCUGCAUCAUCAUCUCUGCCAACAACUGCAAAGGGCGUCGACCAGCGGGAAGUCCUAAGCCAUGCUGAAAGGGACGUGGUGGAUCUGACCAUGUUUCCGACUCUCCCGCAUCCCGAGGGGAACCUCCCUCUGGCUGACAAGCCAAAGCGAAAGAAGUCCAAGAAGGCGAGGGACGACGAGGACGGGUACGAUCCUGAUUUUGAUGCAAAUGAUCAUCCUCCCAAGAAGAAGAAAUCCUCCAAGAAGAAAACUGGUCAAGUGGAGGUCGUUAUCACGUCGAGGACAGGGUCAAACGCAAUCACAGAAGGUCAUGGGGACGACUCGAUGAGGCUAGUCCAGGAUGGAAAGGACAAGAAGAAGAAAAAGUCGAAGUCCAAAGAGAAGUCCAAGGAAACCAAUGGGAAGAAAGGGAACGAGACUCAAGAGGUAUUCAAGAGCAACGAGUUCAUUGAGGACUCUGAUGAAGAUCCUCUGGCACAGCCCAAUUCUGCGCCUUCCGACCCCGCCAAAGCACCGGUCAUUCCCAGUCCUCUAGAACCAGCACCAGACCCCCGGCCUCCUUCGCGGCCCCUUAGCCCUCUCUCUGACAUCGAUAUGGACACUGAUCUAGAGCCUCCAACGAGGCCGAAGGCCGCAAAAAAGAGAAAGUCAAUGGCCAUCCCUGAUGAUAAAGGCGACCAGGGCAAUGGGGUCUCUUCCACUGCAGCAAGUCCAAGCAAGCGACAGAAGGUAACCAAGUCGUCAGCGGAAAAGAACGACAACAGGACGAAAUCCCGCGAGGUCGAAGCUAGACUCGAGGCGAACGAACACGGAAGAGUCGAUCAUGAGCAAAGCAUGGCACCGUCGAAGGUUCAGUCGAAGAAACGGAAGACUGGGGUUGUCGUUUCCGACGAGGAGGACGAGGGUGAAGCCUGGAACAUCCUGACCAAGACUCCUGGCUCGAAAAAAGGGGCAGAUCAUCGAGAACCACCACAUCCUGAUCUGUCUAAGGAGAACAUUCAGCCUCUUUCGUCCCCUAAACCUAGUGAGAUGAGUGCCCCAGUUGCCAAGCCAUUCCACAGACGCCCCUCGAUCGCACCUCGCAAGUCGACACCAAUGACCGAACUCAUAAAGCGUGUCAACUCCCUUCCCAACUCGCCUUUCCCUGUGGCCUCGAGUGCCCGGGUGCCUGGAAUCAGCAGGGCGACUGCCUAUUCCCCCUACCUUAAAUCGUCGAGGACCGCUUUGUCGAAGAUCGCUCCUUUGCAUCCAAACAGACGGACUCCACCACCUCCACCACCUCCACCCCCACCGAAGAAAAAGACAAAGAAAGAGCUGGAGAGAGAAGAGAAAUGGGAAGAAGAGUUGAUUGACAGCUUGGGCGGGAUCGAGGUGUGGGCUGCCAUGAGCGAUAUGGAAAGGAGGGAUCUGAGGAAAGCGAAGUUUGAAGCGGAGAUGGGCGGUUGGGAUUGA